AAUUCUUGUAGCGGGGCGAAGGGUGAAAUUGUCGACAUGCGCGGUCCGACCAUUGGUGGCUGAGAACAAUGAUAAGGCCAAACAAAGUAACUGGUACAAACACUCCCUCAAGAGCACCACUACUAAGAAAUGGGGCGCAAGCUAGUCCGAAAGUGGAUAUUCCUGGCCUUCACCUAACUCUUCGUCUACAUCAUCUUCUCAUUUUCGUUACAACUUGCACUAAUGCUCUACCUUCCACUCAUUUUGUGACUGCCAUCUUCGAUCGGCCGACAUGGCAACAACUCUCGCCUCAAACGAUACAGACAGUCACGAGAAGAUGGUCCGCGAAGCCAGUGAGGAACAAGACUAUGUCUUACAAGUGGGCUGGAAGGCACUGUUCGGCUUCACCACAAGGAAGCAUCUUCCGGUGCUUUCGGGCGCCUUGUUGAGUGCGGUCAUCGCCGCCGCCACACUUCCAGUCUUCGCCAUCAUUUAUGGUCUUAUCUUUCGCGAAUAUACAGACUAUGGCGCGGGCAAAAUAGACAGCAGCACUCUUCUCAGCAGUGUUACGCGAUACUGCAUAAUUCUUACUGGCAUUGCAUCGCUUAAUUGGAUCGCGAACAGCUUCUACUUCUUCUUUUUCCUCACGUUCGGCGAGCUCCAGGCAAGGAGUGCUCGUAAUAGAAUCUUCGAUGUGCUCAUCAAGAGAGACAUGGCCUGGUAUGACACGCGCGACACGGGCAUUGCAGCGUUUCUUCCGGCUGUGCAAAUGCACAUCCGCGACCUUCAAUUGUCUGUAUCCGCACCAUUCGGAGAGGGUGUACAAUGCAUCGUUCAGGGCUUAGCAGCUUUGGUCGUUGCUUUCUACUACUCAUGGAACCUCACGCUCGUCAUCAUCAGCACCGUCCCACUUAUAUAUAUCGUCCAAUCCUUUCUAGCAACCCGACUAUCUAUCCGAGCACAUGAACAAGCCGGCAAGCUCCAACAGGCGCUGAAGUACAUCACAAACGCGAUAGAGAGCAUUGAGACGGUGAAAUGUUUCAAUGGCGAACGACACGAGCUCCAGAGCUUUACCAAGAUUGCUGUUCGUGCAGCGAGUCUAUACAGAGGUGUAGCCAACCUCAGGUCUAUACAGAUUGGUGUCAUGCAGUUCUUCACUCUCAGUGUCUUCUUUCAGGGUUUUUGGUACGGAAGUCACCUCGUCAAUUCGGGAGAUAGGGACGUCGGACAAGUUAUCACGACUUUCUGGGCUGCCUUAAUGGCAAUUCAGGGCAUCACAGGGUUCCUGCCACAGUUCAUCGUUCUACAAAAAGGCAAGAUGGCUGGUUCGCGACUCCAGGUGCUAAUGAAACAGAUCUCGGCGAGCGAUCAGCGACAAGAACUGCAAGGCCAAGCAAAACCAACGCGAUGCAUAGGAGAUAUUGAGUUCCGACAGGUCACAUUUUCGUAUCCUACGCGAAUGGAUGAGAUCGCGAUUCGCGACAUAUCCCUGUUCUUCCCUGCAGGCGAGACUACGUUUGUUAUCGGGAAAAGCGGCUCUGGGAAAAGCACCUUAGGUCAACUCCUAGUGCGCUUUUACCAGCCUUCAUCCGGGCAGAUAUACCUAGACGGCGUUCCGCUUAACGAUAUCGACGUCCGAUGGCUCCGGGAGAACAUGACACUUGUUGAGCAGCAUAGCAUACUCUUCAAUGACACUAUUCGGCAGAACAUUGCACUGGGCCAACCGGGUAAAACAGUCAGUUUGCGGGAAACGCAAGAAGCAGUCAAAUUUGCGAUGUUGGAUUCGAUUAUUCGUGACCUUCCUGAGGGGUUGGAGACUCAUCUGGGCAUGAAGGGCGGUUCCUUAAGUGGAGGACAAGCACAGAGAAUGGCUCUAGCCCGUGCUAGGGUUCGCGAUGCCCCGAUCCUAAUAUUGGAUGAAUCCACUAGCGCCCUUGAUUACAUUACGAGAGGUGCAAUCCUACAAGCCAUACGAGAGUGGCGGAAAGGGAAAACCACAAUUGUCAUCACUCAUGAUUUCUCUCAAAUCCAAUCGGAGGAUUUUCUUUACCUACUGGACAAUGCUCGACUUGUUCAAGAGGGAUACCGAAAGGACCUCGAGACUCGGCCUGGGCCUUUUCGAUCUCUCCUUACUUCCCACAACGAGGGUCCAACUUCCGAAGAGACUGACGAUGAAGACCUUUCUGAGGCUGAAGAUGAGACUGGCCAGGUUAUAACGCUGUAUGACGAAUCAUGGAACCUUCACAGCCCGAUGCGUCGGCCACUCUCCGCCGUUCUUUUUGGAGAGUCAGUCCUGCAGUCAUUCCCCACCGCAGGCCGCGAGACUUGGGCGAAAGAUUUGUUAUCCAGUUCCGACAAGAUAGUCUCGCGGCAAAGGUAUGAGGAAGAAGGGGAUGGAUUCCAACGAAGUUCGAUAGAGGCCACUUCAGGUGCUCUCAAGGCUCCUCCGAGCCAGCCUUCAUCCGCUCCCACAGGCACUUUCCAGCCCAAAGGAUACCGCUCAAGGGCGAACUCGCAGUCUUCACAAUACGUUCGUUUGUCAGGGACUUUUCCGCGUGACCGGUCGAUCGUUAUGCAGAAGGAUUACGGCCUACGCUCGAGCUCCAUAGCCUUGUCACGGUCUGAGUCACGUCAAGCGCACUACCCUCGACGUCUUUCAGCGUCUAACGCUGAUCCUGUACACUUGGGGCAGUCCGGGAAGCUUUCUAGGCGCCAGAAGUUCUUCCAACGUGUAGGACUGUCACAUCAACAAAAUAACACAGAAGACAGUGCUAUCUCUACUGACUCACUCCCCAUUAUGGACAUUCUCAAGUCUGUCUGGCCUUCGAUCGACUGGCGUUCACGUCUCGUUCUUUUCGCGGCAAUCUUCUGUGCCAUUGUCCACUCAGUCGCCACGCCUUUGUUCGCUUGGGUCUUUGCCCAGCUAUUGACGACCUUCUAUGAUCGUAGAGAUCAGAAACAACGAGCCCUGAUGUAUUCGCUGACCAUCUUGGGGAUUGCCGUUAUUGACGGGCUCGCAGAUUAUCUGCUCUUCUUCCUCUCCGACUCCGUUGCACAGUCUUGGGCCCUAGCCCUCAAAACUGAAGCGAUGCGGCGCAUCCUCUUGCAGCCCCGCGAGUUUUUCGACAGUGAAGAAAAUAGCGUAUCACGGCUCGCAGAGACUCUAGAUCACUUUGCCGAAGAAGCCAGAAACCUCCCGGGCCGGUUCGCCGGCAUAUUUCUUGUCGUAAUACUCAUGAUCACAAUCUCGAUCAUCUGGAGCUUAGCAACUGCCUGGAAACUUGCCCUUGUUGCUCUCGCUACCGGUCCAGUCAUAUAUGCGAUCACGAAAUGCUACAAUAUGAUCAGUAGUCGGUGGGAGCGAUUAUCCAACGAAGCAGACGAUGAAGUGGGACAGGUGCUUCACGAGACUUUUGUGAAUAUUCGAACGGUGCGAUGUCUCGUGCUGGAAAACUAUUUCCGGAAGAAGUUCAAAGCAGAAACCACCAAAGCCCUAAUCGUCGGCGUCAAGCGAGCAUUCUACUCGGGGGCUAUCUUUGGGCUCAACUUUGCCGGUGUCCUCUUCGUCGCUAUACUGCUCUUCUGGUACGGCGCAGUUCUGGUUUCUAGCGAUCAGUAUACGGUGACUGACAUCACGGAGACUUUCCUGAUUCUUAUGCUGAGCAUCAACCAUGUUGCCCAUUUGUCAAACUACAUGACACAAGUCAACAUGUCUAGAGCUGCGGGAUCGCGCCUACUUCGUCUGGCAAGGCUACCAACAACAUCUCACGAGCUAAGCGGAACAGUGAAUGUCCAAGGAGCCGGCGAUAUAUCGUUCGAAAACGUAAACUUCACAUAUCCAACUCGUAAGGAUUACCCGGUUCUGCACGACGUCUCUUUCAAGAUUCCCCGUGGAAGCUGCACGGCCAUUGUGGGCUCGUCCGGCUCCGGAAAGUCUACAAUAGCCUCCUUGCUACUCAAACUUUACCAAACCGAACCCAGAGCCUCUACUACCUCCCAACCACCCGAUAUGACAAUUUCGAAUCACGAUAUCAAAACCCUUGACACAUCCACGCUCCGCUCCCAUAUGUCGAUCGUGUCUCAGACCCCCGUCCUCUUCCCCGGCACGAUUGCAGAGAAUAUCGCCUACGGGCUCUCUCCGUCCUCCCCGUUAGCAACGAUGGAUAGUAUCCGUGCAGCUGCGGAAGCAGCAGGUGUGGCUGAGUUCAUCGACAGUUUACCACAGGGUUAUCAGACGAUCAUCGGUGAAGGUGGAACGGGAUUGAGUGGGGGGCAAGCACAGCGAAUCGCUAUCGCGCGUGCACUCGUGAGGGAUCCAGAUAUCCUGAUUCUGGAUGAAGCAACGAGUGCGCUCGAUGUUGCAUCUGCGAGUGUGGUGCGAGAGACAAUCCUCAAGCUGGUUCGAGAGACAAAACCAACACGACCGCCUCUUUCACCUAUUCCGUCAUCGCCAGCUUCACCAGGGUUACGAUCAGGUGGGUUUUGGGAUGAUAAUGACUGGGCGUCUGGGUUUGCCCACGGUACGGUUAAGGAGAGUACGGCAAAGGUGAAGUCGAGGGUCACGAGGAAAGAGAUGACGGUAAUUAUCAUCACACAUGCGAGGGAGAUGAUGGCGAUUGCGGAGCAUAUAAUAAUGAUGGACAAGGGGCGUGUAGUGGAGGAGGGAAACUUUAGAGAGCUGAAGAGGAAGAAGGGUGGCGCUUUCGGACGGUUGUUAAGGGGUGAGAAGGGGUGAUACGUCGAUGGGAAAGAGCUCGACGCUGCUAAUGAACCGAGGCCAAGGAC